AUGCUUAUGCAAGCUACCAAAUUAAUUCUUUCGUCGCGCUUACGAUUUUUGGGUUGUUGCCUCCAACGUAGUUUUGGUUCGACGAGCGUCAUAACAGACGCUAACAUAGAUGCUCCUGCCGCAUCAAAACACUUCUUGAGUGUCGGCUUCCACAAUGACCUACCGAAGGCCUGUUACGGCGGUCGCCACACAGUCGCUAUGCUGACUGGGGAUGGGGUUGGUCCGGAGCUUAUGGAAUACGUAAAGGAAGUGUAUCAUGUUCUCGGAGCCCCAGUAGAUUUCGAAGAGAUACCUGUAAAUCAUAACAGUGACGAUAUCACGUUUCGUGAUGCACUAUUGGCUAUGAAGCGGAAUGGCAUCGGUAUCAAAGGAAAUUUCGCCACGGAACCGGGACAAUCCUCACGAAAUUUGGCACUUCGUACUCAGCUCAACCUGUAUGCCUUUGUCCAACGAUGUCACAACUUUCCCGGAAUCAAGACUCGCCAUGACAAUGUAGAUAUCGUCAUCAUCCGGGAGAAUACUGAGGGGGAAUAUAGUCGAUUGGAGCACGAGAACGUUCCCGGUGUUGUGGAGUCGUUGAAGAUUAUAACACGUGAGAACUCGGAAAGAAUCGCUCAAUUCGCUUUCAAUUACGCAGUGAGACAUGGCCGUAAAAAAGUCACCGCUGUCCACAAAGCUAACAUCAUGAAACUCACCGAUGGUUUGUUCCUGAACACUUGUGCAUCUGUGGCCGAACUUUAUCCACAAAUUGAAUUCAACUCUAUGAUCAUAGACAAUACAUGCAUGCAAUUGGUCAGCAAGCCGCAACAGUUUGAUGUGAUUGUACUACCCAAUUUGUACGGAAAUAUUGUGGGCAAUGUGGCCGCUGGUCUCGUCGGUGGUGCGGGCCUCGCGACUGGUGUAAAUUUGGGUGACCGGAACGCACUGUUCGAAAUGGGCACUCGCAAUUCAGGCAGAUCACUAGCCGGAAAGGACUUGGCCAACCCGUGUGCUAUGCUGCUCACCUCAGCAGACCUCUUGGAAUAUUUGGGUCAAGUCGAUAUGGCAGAGAAGGUUCGGGAAGCCAUUAUCAGUGUGAUCAGCAUCCAAAAGAUCCGCACGAGGGAUUUGGGUGGUAAAAGCUCCACUCGCGCCGUCGUCAACGCUGUGAUCGAAGCCAUUUUACGAGCGCAGAAGUAG